UGUUUCGAAAGAAAGGGACUAGGGGAGGGAUAGAGAGGCAGAGAGACGAAGUAAGAAAGGGAGGGGGCAACCUAGCAAAGCACAGAAUUGAAGAAGAAAAAGAAAGAGAGGGAAAGGAAGGAAAUCUCGUAAUGUCUCUUGUCUUGUUUUCUAUUUAGUGAACUCGAGGCGUUUCACAGAUAAUGCCCGAGAAUGUCCAUUUCUGGGACUUUGAGCAACUAUUACGUGGACUCCAUCAUAAGUCACGAGAGCGAUGAACUCUCAUCCCAGACUCGCUUUCCUAGCGCCCAAUAUUCCGGCUCGAGCUCCGCUGCGUCCGCGAGUGGGAGGCUGCCGGGUGGCGCUGCUGCGCACACGGAGCAUCCCCAUCCCGAUUCCUAUCCGUCCUGCAGUUUCCAGCCCAAGCCUCCAGUCUUCUCGUCAUCAUGGAGCCCAUUUAAUCCACACCACGGUGCCAGUGGCCUCCCCGCUGUCUACCAUCCCUACAUCCCCGCGCAGCACGUGCCCGCCGCGGACACACGGUACAUACGUUCAUGGCUGGAAUGUGCGCCGCGGAGCUCUGAGUCUGGUCCGGUACAGGGCCAAACGGGUCAGGUCAAGCUGGAGCCUCAGCUUGGCCAUCUCGGUGGGGAGAUCGCAUCCAAAAUCAUGGGACAGCAUCAGCACGAGCCCACAACAUACAUCUUGGAGUCAGCGUCCACGGCAGCGCGCGAGCUUAGCCACCAUUCGGCCGCCAUCCAGGGAACAGGUUUCGAAGAAAACAAGGACAUUAGUGAAGGGAAUGAGGACAAAGAUGGCCUGGAUCAAAAUGACCCAUCGGCCAAUUGGCUUCAUGCACGUUCCUCCAGAAAGAAACGUUGUCCGUACACCAAAUACCAGACGCUAGAGUUGGAGAAGGAGUUCCUGUUCAACAUGUACCUCACGCGCGAUCGGCGACAUGAGGUGGCGCGCGCACUCAAUCUGACAGAGCGGCAGGUGAAGAUCUGGUUCCAGAACCGGAGGAUGAAAAUGAAGAAACAAAACAAGGACCAAUCCAAGGACUAGCAGGACAUAAACACUCAGACACGCAUGCAUGCACACACACAUCUCACAUUCCCAAGAACUGCAAAAAUGUACAUGCACAUCUACUGCUUCAAUUUCUUUUAACAUUCCGAGUGAGCCAAACGUGAUGUCAAUCUCUAAGUAUGAUCCCAAACAAGCGCGUAUGACGCUGCAGCUGAAGUAUUAGGAACGUCUGAUUUUCAGAGUUGGAAAUUUCCUGGAACUUCUGGAUUAUUUCCUAUUAGGCGAUUGCGAUAGUAAAAAUUGAGUUUGUUUCGGCGGCCAAUCUUUCAAAGCACUCAGACUGACUCAGUGUAAACCUUCGGAUCAGACUAAUAGAUUGAUGAAUUCAAAGAUUUUGUUGCCAUUACUUUCUACCGAGUUCUUAUUAAGCUAACAAUUAUUAUACAGUAAUGCAAUUUGAUAUCGGAUUAAAUUAUUCAAGAUAAAAUGUGCAGAAAGCUGAUUGAUUGUUUAUUGACACCAGAGGUGUGUGCUGAAGUGCUGAAAAUGGGAUUUCACCCGGUCAUUAACAAGCACGAAAAGCACGCACAGCUCGCACACAAGCGCGUUGCUGUUCGUUUGUAUUUGUACUCCCCCACCUCACCCACUCUUUUUUCUGGCAGGAUUUGAUUACAUAGCGCCUGAUAGUCGAAGCUGAUACAAGCAGCCAAUAGCCGUUUGUUUUCCGGUUGUCUGACCAUCGGGUCUGUCUAUCCCUGGGAUCUCGGCGUUCGGCUGCUUGCUUUUAGGGUGGCUCAUGCGCUGCGGCGCCGGCUGAUCAGUAGCCUGACGUCACAAGAAUUUAGAGUUAGUUAAGAAGAGGACUCACGACAGUUAUUAUUUAUUUAAUAAACCAACCCUUUCCAUCAAAUUAAACUUCCAGCUCAGUUGUGCACAUUUUAGACUGAAAACAAGGAUAUAACGUACGUCUGCUUACCAUCGUCAGUCUUUUUUCCAAGUCGCUUCUGAUCGUUGGAUUCUUAAAAAAAGUCCUUUCUAUUUUUAUAAAUUGUCGUGUAUCAACUGCUAUGCAAGGCAUUCUCUCUCAUGAGACGAAUUGUGUUGAAUGCGUGCGCAACACUGGUUUCUAUUUACUACCAGAAACUUGGUGCAAUAAAAAUAAAUAAAUAAAUAAAGCUGGAAAUAAAUACAUGUCUGCAGGUCCCAUUACAAGUUUAAGUCUAGAGCAACAGACAGAAAGUUAAAAAAAAGUCUUAGGUUAGUAUGCAGAUUUUAUAUCUUCGAGUGUUUUCUUCAUUUUAUGCAGAACUUUAUUGAUUUGGAUGUUAAAACAUAAGUAGGCCGUGUUGUAGAGCCGGACUGCGUGUUUGUAGUGUCGGCAUACUUAAAUGGCGCCCCGUAGCAGUUUUAUGGAUGGGAAAUAAACAACACGCGCGAGCGCUUGUGUGUGUGUGUGUGUGUGUGUGUGUGAGAGAGAGAGAGUGUGUG